GAACAGCGCGAGCGAGCGAGCGAGCGAGCAAGGAAGGAAGUACGUACCUGCCUGGAGCCUGGAGCCUGGACGCAACAGGGGAGCCGAAGGUCCGUCUCGCCCUCCCUCCCUCCCUCCCUCCCUGGCUCGGCCUGCCCACUGGACCAAAGGCUCGCAUGUCCUAAAUAUCGAAAUAGAUGAGGAGCAGAGAAAAUAGACAGGCGCAGGUGAGGGUCGGUACGUACUGUGGAAUCAGAGGAACACGCUCGGACGAGGCAGAGGAAAAGCCACAGACAGCAGAAGAGCCGAGCAAGGGUCUUGCGAGCGAGCAGAGCAGAGCAAAGAGCUUGUGAUCGUUCACUGAGAUCCACCCCGAGGAGGAGCCGAUUCAGUGAGCGAGGGAGGUGAUCAUCGGAUUCCCGUUUGGGAGUAUUGGCUUUGGAAUUUCCGGGAGCAGAGAUGGCGAUGGCAUGGAGCAGGAGAGCGGCGCCACUGCUAGUACGCGCUGCGCGAAACUAUCACCACGGCGCUCUGCGGGUUCUCGUGGGUUCUUCCCCGAUCAAUCCCGCGCAAUUGAACCACUUCCCAUCGGAUGCAGCUUUUAGACCCGCUUCAAAUAACCUGGUGUCUACGAACAUGUGGUCUGGAGUGAGGCGCAUGAGCUCGGAUAUUAGUGUAGUGCCGAAGCUUUCGGAUCCUGCUUCAGAUGAGGCUCUCAAUGCACUCUUAGCAACGACUUGGGCAAAAAUUCACAAAGAGAUCAAGGAUGGAGUCGAAGGUGCGCUAGCCAAAAGCGGAGAUGGAACGCUAUCGACGGUGUGGUCUUCAGCUCAAGCAGUGGAGAAGUUUGCUGACACUCUGCUCUACCUGAGGAUGGAACUUGAUGAGCUCAACGGAUCCAGUGGCGAGACUGUGAGAAGAAUGCCAGACGGAUUGCUGAAGGCACUGGAUUCUGCAUUCAACAAGUACCAAGCAUAUUUGGCAUCUUUCAGCGAGGAUGAAGACUUCUUGAAAAAGAAGGUGCAAAAUGAGCUGGGAGGUAUUCUAUUGCAGAUCAAGCAGCGUUGCAGUGGCCUGGGUCCUGAAUGGGGGAAGAUCGCUCUUCUGGGGACAUCGGGGCUCUCAGGUUCGUACAUUGAGAGGCGUGCCUAACUUCCUUGGGAUCGAAUAUCUCAUGCGCAACAUGGGCCGGUAUGGUUGCCACUGUCAACACUAGGCACCAAAGGCGUAGCUCUGAAUAAAGAGGCUUAGUAUGUACAGAAAGAGUAAGUUCCCAAGUGUAGAGAGUUUCACUGUGUUUGUGAAUUAUAUAUCACCCAGGCGAUGUUUUCAGAGGUAUAUUGGAGAUUUCCUCAUCGGAUUUCACUGCAGAAAACCAAACUGAGUCGACUAAGCUAUGGAGAGCCAACCUCGAACAGUUGUACUCUGUUGGCUUUAUUCACCCCCAAAAAGGGUCUGAAUUGGAAAUGUCGAUUUCGAAGGCUGUCUUUCAGUGAACCAGAUUUCCGGGUGCAGUCAUUUAUUGGGGCCUUGAGUCCGAACAUAUGAUUAGCUCCAUCAAAAUCCUUUGGCGCCCGCCGCCCUCACGUACAUGACAGUUUGGAUAUGUAUGUACGGAAGACUGCUGGAGAGAGUAGAGGGUCUUGCAACUGCUUUUGUGAACUUGUUGAGAGGCUCAUGUAUUUGUGAACGCAUCGUGAGUUGAAAUUCUAAUACGGUUUCACCUUGGUACACACCUGACGCCCUAGAACCUGGAGACGUGAAAUGAGAUCAGCUUCAGC